UGUGAUAGAGAAAUGGGUGAGAGAAGUCAUGAAAAAAAGAUCGCUGAUGACCUGGGAAAUGAGAAAUUCUGUGCUGAUGCUAAUCAGACUGGAGCUGGAAAUUGGCUGAAAUACAUCCGAGUGGCCUGUUCCUGUGAUGAACAAAAUCUAGCUGUAUGUCCCGUUAAUGACCAGAUCUAUUAUAAAGUUAUUAAAGAAAUUGAGCCAGGAGAAGAACUGCUGGUGUAUAUGAAGGAAGGUGCCUAUUCUCUUGGGAACAUGCCACCUAGUCUGGAAGAAGAGCACACGUUUCGUUGUGAGGACUGCGAUGAACUCUUCCAGUCAAAGCUGGAUCUGCGGCGACACAAGAAAUAUGCCUGCAACUCUGUCAACUCGCUGUAUGAGACGCUGAACGAGGAGAUCAAACAGGAAGGGUUAGGCGACGGGCAGGUCUAUGAGUGCAAAGACUGUGAGAGAAUGUUCCCCAAUAAAUACAGCUUGGAGCAGCACAUGAUCAUCCACACUGAGGAGAGGGAGUACAAGUGUGACCAAUGUCCAAAGGCUUUCAACUGGAAAUCAAACCUGAUUCGUCACCAGAUGUCACAUGACAGUGGCAAACGAUUUGAAUGUGAAAACUGUGUGAAGGUGUUUACUGACCCCAGCAACCUCCAGCGGCACAUCCGUUCCCAGCACGUUGGCGCACGAGCCCAUGCCUGCCCGGACUGCGGCAAAACCUUUGCCACCUCGUCUGGCCUCAAACAACACAAGCACAUUCACAGUACUGUCAAACCUUUCAUAUGUGAGGUCUGCCACAAAUCCUACACGCAGUUCUCCAACCUCUGCCGCCACAAGCGGAUGCACGCGGACUGUCGCACCCAGAUCAAAUGCAAGGACUGCGGCCAGAUGUUCAGCACUACCUCCUCUCUCAACAAGCACCGGCGCUUCUGCGAGGGCAAGAACCAUUACAAUCCAGGGGGGAUUUUUGCCCCUGGCCUACCUUUAACGCCCACCUCCAUGAUGGACAAAUCCAAACCCUCACCCAACCUCAACCAUGCCAGCCUGGGUUUCAAUGAUUACUUCCCAUCCCGACCUCACCCCGGGGGUAUUCCAUUCUCGCCUGCUCCCCCAGCAUUUCCUGCCCUUUCUCCAGGAUUCCCAGGGAUUUUUCCUCCCUCUCUAUACCCCAGGCCCCCUUUGUUGCCUCCCACCCCGCUGCUCAAGAGUCCCCUCAACCACACCCAAGACGCAAAGCUUCCAAGCCCCCUGGGGAACCCGGCACUGCCUCUGAUUUCUGCAGUGAGCAACAGCAACCAGCCCAUCUCAGGGGAGGAGAAAUUCAAAAGCAGCCUGGAAAACUCCUACCUGGACAAGCUAAAAGCCAGGAACAGCGACAUGUCUGAUGGGAGCGACUUCGAGGAUGUCAACACGACCACAGGCACAGACCUCGACACCACCACUGGCACUGGCUCUGACCUGGAGAGCGACGCGGAGAGUGACAGGGACAAAAUGAAAGACAAAAGCAAACAGACUGAGAACAAGCCAGAUUUUGUCAGCAGUUCUGUGUCCACCAGUUCCACCAACAAUGUGAACGAGCUCCCCCUUUUCUAUUCUCAGCACUCCUUCUUCCCUCCCCCAGAAGAGCAGCUGCUACCCACAACGGGGGCAGCCAAUGACUCUAUAAAAGCUAUUGCCUCUAUUGCAGAGAAAUAUUUCGGCCCUGGCUUUAUGGGAAUGCAGGAGAAGAAGAUCGGUUCCCUCCCAUAUCACUCCAUGUUCCCAUUUCAGUUCCUCCCCAAUUUUCCCCAUUCACUGUAUCCUUUUACGGACCGGACCCUCAAUCACAACUUGCUGGUCAAGGCAGAACCAAAGUCACCCAGGGACCUUCACAAAGUGGGGAGCACCAGCUCAGAGUCUCCCUUUGAUCUCACCACAAAACCAAAAGAGAUUAAGCCAAUCUUGCCACCACCCAAGGUCUUGCCAGCCCCAUCUUCUGGGGAGGAACAGCCACUGGAUCUAAGCAUCGGCAACCGCAUCCGAGCCAGCCAGAACGGAGGGAGGGAGCCCCGAAAAAACCACAUCUAUGGGGAAAGGAAACUAAUGGCCAGUGAAGUACUACCCAAGAUUUCUCAGUCUCAGCUCCAUCAGCAGCCAUCCCUGCAUUAUGCUAAGCCAUCACCCUUUUUCAUGGACCCCAUAUACAGCAGGGUGGAGAAGCGGAAGGUGACAGACCCAGUGGGUGCCCUAAAGGAGAAGUACUUGCGACCUUCCCCGCUGCUUUUUCACCCGCAGAUGUCAGCCAUAGAAACUAUGACGGAGAAACUGGAGAGUUUUGCGGCCAUGAAAGCAGACACCAGCACAUCCCUGCAGCCCCUCCCACAUCACUCCUUCAACUUCCGGUCCCCGCCCCCUACGCUGUCAGACCCCAUCCUGCGCAAGGGCAAGGAGCGCUAUACCUGCAGGUACUGCGGUAAGAUCUUCCCCCGGUCAGCGAAUCUGACAAGGCAUCUUCGGACACACACAGGAGAACAACCCUACAGGUGUAAAUACUGUGACAGGUCAUUCAGCAUUUCCUCUAACCUCCAGCGGCAUGUUCGAAACAUCCAUAACAAGGAGAAGCCAUUCAAAUGUCACCUGUGUAACCGAUGCUUUGGGCAGCAGACCAACUUGGACCGACACCUUAAGAAGCAUGAACAUGAGAAUGUGCCAGUGAGCCAGCACUCUGGAGUCAUUACUAACCACCUUGGGACCAGUGCCUCCUCCCCAAACUCGGAGCCAGACAACCAUGCACUUUUAGACGAGAAAGAGGACUCGUAUUUCUCUGAAAUCAGAAAUUUUAUUGCAAAUAGCGAGAUGAAUCAAGCAUCAACUUUAACAGAUAAAAGGCCAGAAAUCCAAGACAUUGAUAGCAACUCCCAGUGUCACGGGUUAGCAAAUGAGAAAACAGAAGAUGUGGAUGAGGAGGAGGAAGAAUUGGAGGAGGAAGAUGACGACAGCCUGACAGGGAAGUCACAGGAUGAAACAGUAUCACCCACAACGGAGCCCCGAGGAACGUUUGAGGAUGAGGAGGAUGAAGAGCCCACAUCCCUCACCAUGAGCUUUGACCAUACCCGAAGGCUUAUGCAAUGAUGCUGUCCCUUUCUGAGAACGCUCCCCUUCACACUUCUUCCCAGAAUUCUCUGGAUGCUUGGUUGAACAUGGCAGGAGCAGCCUCAGAGUCGGGGACCUUUAAUCCCAUCAACCAUCUCUGACGGGUCGAGAAGGCACUGGUUCAGAGUCGGAGCGAGGAGGUGGUGGUGCUGUGACUGCCCUAUCAGAAAUUCUAGCACACAGAAGAUGGAUCAGAGGGCCUCAGGGAGUCGUCUGGGCUUUUGGCUGGGAGAAUAAACCUGUCACAUGUGACCUGCAAUUCCCAGAUUUGUAUCUAUCCACAGUCGUUCGUUUCUAAUUUGUUAGAAAGAAACUCUCCAAACUGGAUAGCCCUGAAGCAGCCCUAGGAUUCCACCAUCUCUAAGAAUAGUGUAAACCAUAAGUGAAUUGCAAUGGUGCAAUCAAAUACUGGCCCCUUUACAGUUACAAGACAAUAUAACUGAGCCAGCUGGUUUCUGCUUAUAAACUAAAACUUGAAGUCAUUCGACCCCUUGCCCCCCUCACACACCACAUUCACUUCAGCUGAAUAGCAGUCAUAAGGGGGGGAAGAGAUCUAGAGCUGAUCCAUCCCUGGUAUCAUUCUGAGAUAGUCACCAGAGUUAUACCAAGGAACGGUGAAUUUGACCCAUUUUACUUAACAUAGCUCUUUGAAAGAGCGUGAAAUUCUGCACCCCCCACAACAGCACUCAUCUUUACACUGCAAAGUGUUGUUGUGAGUCUCUGUUGUGGGAAGCCACGCUCCCCGACAUGCAAUGUCCAAGCAGGGCUAGCUUCUGCCAAGAGCACAAAUAAUUGGUGCAGAAGGAGCAUUGCUGGGGUUGCUCAUACAUGCACACAAAUACAUAGACAAUGCCCCGGAAGCUCGACCCUAGAAAUCUCCUGUGUAGUUUCUCUCCCAGAGGGUCUUUCAAAUGCUCUCUUCAGUGUUGGGGAAGAACCCUCUGCCCUGUGCCCUUGUGUUGGUUUGCUGGUGGUUGCUUAUGCCGAGUACCCUGCCAUCAUUUACCCCAUAAUUUUGAUAAUAUGACUACAAAAAAUCCUUGUUUUUAAUAACUUUAUGAGUGCAGCUCAGCUCCUCAAGCAUAUGGCUAAGGAAAUGUAUUUUCUCUCUGGAUCUACAAUUACUUGCAAUUUUUUACGGAUGAUUUUAAAUUGCUUUGAAGCCUCAGCUCUUUUGCUGACAUAAAGCAGCCUCCAGAAAUCCUGUGACAUUAGUUUGUGCUAUUUCUACAUUGUAAUAACAACCUGGUGUUCUAGCUGUGAUUUUUAUAGGUAAAGCUAAACCUGGACAUAAUUCUGAAAGGGGUCAGAAAUAUUAUAAAGGAUAACAUUGGCUACUCUGACGACGUUUGUAAUGUGUGUGCUGAGAAAUGCCUAGAUAUGCUGUUACAGAAUCAGGGUUGUCUGAAGGUAAGACAGGUGCAUGCCACCAAGUGACUUCAAGUUGAAUCAGGGGUGCCGCAAACUUGCCCAUCUGAGUGCUGCAUCAGCAACUCACCUAGGAGCCUCCAGAUGCUGUAAGGACCCAAUUCUGUACAAGCCUGACUCUAAGUUAGCAGGAGUUUUUCCACUGAUUUCAAUGGACUUUGGACCAGGCUCCAAACACUUAAAGCUGGGUGUACUACUUGUAGUAAGUGCUACACCUAGUAGUCAGUGGUUGCAGAGUUGGGUCAGUAGCUGACUUCAGAGAAACGUCUCACAGUGGUAAACACAUCUACUAGUAAGUGUUUGCGAGAUUGGGCCGCUAGUUUAUAUGUGCGGGAACAGACUGCAGCUGCUCUGCUGUUGAAUAUGAAAGAGGAGGUUCCAGCAUGCAAUGCUCCAUCUGGAAGCAAUUGCUCAGAUUACAGUGGAGCAUUGCAUGCUGGGAUUUGCAGCCCUGAUGGGCCACACCUCAUACUCCGGAGAAGGUCAGCUAUGAGACCUCAGCUGGCCCCUGGGGCUGCACCUCCGUUUGCCACUGGGGUAGAGGGAAUGAAAGGAUAAUUAGCAGCAUCAAAUAAUUUUCCAUAGUUCACCCAGGGAAAGACGACAUCCCUCCUGCUAGUUUCUCCAAGUCACCAUGUAUAUGUGCCGAAGGCUCUGAAUCCAACAGUGAUCUAUACCCCCCCAGUUUCAAAUGUUUGCACAAAGCUCUUGACUAGGUGUAGCCCAAGAACUGACAAUGUCAAAAGAAACCAGUCUCUAAGAGUCAGAUGGAACAUUCCUUUCCCUGGCACGUCUGCCAAUGCUAACAUUACAGUACUUGCCAUUCACUUGGGCUUUAAAUUAUUCCCAUAGGGGCCAAUUUAAAAUAAUAAAAUAAUUGUUUUUUUUUCCUAAUGGAAUUUACCUUAAUCUGUAUAUAACUUGUAAUUUUUUUUUCUAAUUCUUUUCUUAUUUUAUUUCUUCCUUAACAGUAUUUUUUGCAUUGGAUAUCAUUAUUGUGAAGAAAUAAUGUUAAUAUAAGUAUCUAGUGAAGGACCAAAAUUGUGUAAUUAAGGUUGUAUGUUGUAUGAUUGAUAACCAGGGAGUAGAUUUUUUUAUGUGCCAAAUGACCCUAAAUAAUCCUAUUCUUGCUGCCGAUUUUCCCGACAAUCAUGUUUUGUUAAAGUUGAGUUUCAAUUACAUUUGCAUGUAGGAUGUGUUCUAUUUAUUUCUUUUAUUGUUUGGAAAAAAUAUCACAACAAGAAAACAAAAACAAAACAAAAAACCCU